UUUACUUCCUGUGUGAAAGGUUACGAGUGUCUCAAAGCGCACGUCUAUUUUUUUUGUCUGUUUGUUUGUUUUGUUUUUGUGCGAGAAAGACUUCUUAUUUUAGUCGAAACGGAAACAACUGGGUCAAAAAUGGCCUCUGAUGAGAUAAUUGGACCCGCGUUACCGCCGAUGUUCAGAAAGGAGGGAUCUGACAGCGACGAGAGUGAAAAUGACUUCGCUGGCCCCGCGCUGCCUCCCGACUAUAAGCGGGGGGAACCGUCCAGCUCCUCGGAGGGCAGCGAGCCGGAGGUGCCGGUCAAGAGAGCCAGAACCGGGGGAGCCGGAGAGGCGACCACAGAUGACCCUGAGGAUGAUGGGUUCUUUGGGCCAGCGCUGCCACCGGGAUUUAAAAAGCAGCAGAGCUCACCAGAAAGGCCCCCUGUGCUGGGACCAGCUUUGCCCCCUGGAUUCCAGAGAGCAGCGUAUGACAGCGACGAUUUUGAAGAUGGAGAGGGUCUCCCGGGGCCUGCGCUGCCCCCGGGAUACCAGGCUGAGCUUACCAGCAGUGAGGGAGAGGACGAGGACGUGAUAGGACCCAUGCCCGCCAAAGGACCCGUUCAGGACUCCGUGGCUCUUGACUUCGAACGGAGAGCACAAAGGAUGCGAGAGAAGCUCACCGGGGAGGAUGCCCCUGAGGUGGUGACCAGAGAAACAUGGAUGACUGAGCUCCCGCCAGAGUUGCAGCACAUUGGCUUAGGGGCUCGAACCUUCAAGAAGAAGUCAGGUCCAGAGAACAAGGAUCGGUCGAUUUGGACGGACACGCCGGCAGACAGGGAGCGCAAGGCCAGGGAACGUCUGGAAGGAAAGAAAACGGAGAAGAAGGACGAUAAAGUCCCACAAGUUUCCCCAAGGGACAUAGACAUGGCAGAAAAAGUAUCUAAAUAUAAUGAGUCCAAACGUGCCGAGUCUCUCAUGAGUCUACACUCAAAGAAACUGAAGGAAAAAGCGAAAGAGACGGCUGACAUACCAGUGGAGAGGAGGCCGUUUGAUCGGGACGCAGACCUGCAGGUGAAUCGCUUUGAUGAAGCCCAGAAGCAGCGGCUGCUGAAGAAGUCUCAGGAGCUGAACACGCGCUUCUCCCACAGCAAGGACCGGAUGUUCUUGUAACAUUUUGUCACAAUUGUAGAAAAUGCCUUCAGCUUUCCAUGUGUUGUAACGGGUUGUCUGACCAUUUUUUUUUUUUUUUAUAUACAUAUAAAAGGUUUAUACAACAUGGACUGCGGACAAUGUUAUUUAAGUUGUUAAAGAAAGCAUGUGUUGAUGAAGUGUUAAAAAGGACAGGUGUUACGGAAGGAUUUUCAGACUAAACAAACAUUAUUCUUAGACAGACCAAGUCAGAUGUUUUGUGAAAUCAAACUAGGGGAUACCAGGAAGCCAUAAAUGGCAUUUCUCUUACAUUUAGUUUAUAUCAAUUCACGCUGUUGUUGUUGUUAUGAUACCUGGAAUUUCUGGUGAAGAAUCCAGUAAUGAUUGUGAACAACUAAGAGUGACAAAUAAUGCAAAUAAACUUCAAUUAGAUUUCUGAUAUGAGUACAAACUAAACUGGUUGUCAUGCUAGAAACACUUGCAGUAUGUAAUAAACCCUGCCAGAUAAGCCCUAUUACAUGUAUGUAAUAAUUUCCUCCAUACAUGUAAAUGGCAAGGGCUUCACGGGGACA